CCGGGCCCCGCCUCGCCGGCGGCCGCCAUCUUGUUGUUGAUUGGAACGGCGGGCGGCGGCGGCGAGGGGGGGCGCGGGGUCAGCAGCCCCCGGGCGGGCAGGCGGAGCCGCCCCGAGGCUGCGUGCAGGAAGGAGCCCGGCGAGCCGCGCUGCUGACAUGAAGCCAAGAUGGCUGACUUGCUUCUGGCAUCCUGUUCCCUCUUGAUUGUGAGAGGUUGGCUCCAUAUUCCAGUGACUGUUCAACAGAGGGAGCUUGGGUGACAUCUCUAAGUUCUUAUCACAAACAUUGGCCUGAAUACACUUACUAAAAUUUGAAGGUCAUCAUAAGGAAGUGGACAGCCAGGAUUUUUGCCCCGUGGCUGCCUGACCGCUGCUGAGCUGCAUCUGCCAGCCCAUGUGGCUCUCCCCAUGCUCCAAGAGUGCAACUGGUGCCCAACGCAAUGUGUGUUUGUCAAACCAUGGAAGUGGGCAAGCAUGGCAAGAAUGCCACUCGAUCCGGAGACCGGGGGGUCCUGCUGGAGCCUUUCAUUCACCAGGUGGGCGGCCACAGCAGCAUGAUGCGCUACGAUGACCACACUGUCUGCAAGCCACUCAUUACCAGAGAACAGCGCUUCUAUGAAUCCCUGCCCCCGGAAAUGAAGGAGUUCACACCUGAGUACAAAGGUGUAGUGUCUGUCUGUUUUGAGGGAGACAGCGAUGGCUACAUCAAUCUGGUAGCGUAUCCUUACGUGGAGAACGAGGCUUUGGAGCAGGAUGACAUGCCAGAGAGGGACCAGCCACGACGCAAGCACUCGCGUCGGAGUCUUCACAGAUCAAGCAGCGGCACUGAGCACAAGGAGGAAAAACCUGGCCUGGCCAGUGACAGCACUGAAAGCAACAUCCAGGAGACAAGGAGUCCCAGGGUGGACAUGCACAUCCACUCAGAUGUUCCAUUUCAGAUGUUGGAUGGGAACAGUGGUCUGAGCUCUGAAAAGAUCAGCUAUAACCCCUGGAGCCUGCGCUGUCAUAAGCAGCAGCUGAGCCGCAUGCGGUCAGAGUCCAAGGACCGAAAACUCUACAAGUUCCUCUUGCUGGAGAAUGUGGUGCAUCACUUCAAGUUUCCCUGUGUGCUUGAUCUGAAGAUGGGGACCAGACAGCACGGAGAUGAUGCCUCUGAGGAGAAGGCUGCUCGGCAGAUGAAGAAGUGUGAGCAGAGCACUUCUGCCACCUUGGGUGUGCGAGUGUGUGGCAUGCAGGUCUAUCAGCUGAACACAGGGCAUUACUUAUGCAGGAAUAAAUACUAUGGACGCGGUCUUUCCAUCGAGGGCUUCCGCAAUGCCAUCUACCACUAUCUCCACAACGGCGUAGAGCUGCGCAAGGACCUCUUUGAGCCUGUCCUCACCAAACUCCGAAGCUUGAAAGCGGUUUUGGAGAGACAGGCCUCCUACCGCUUCUACUCCAGCUCCCUUCUCAUCAUUUACGAUGGGAAGGACAACAGAUCGGGGACGUUUGUGGAUAUCCGGCCAGAGACGCGCCUGAAGCGAACGGACAGCUCCCUCCCGGAGAACCUUCAGGAUGGCGGCAGCACAGAGCCCGACUCCUCGACCCAGCCCAAGGUGGAUGUGCGUAUGAUUGACUUUGCACAUAGCACCUUCAAAGGCUUCCGUGAUGACCCCACUGUGCAUGAUGGACCUGACAUGGGCUAUGUAUUCGGCCUGGAAAGCCUCAUCAACAUCAUGGAACAGAUGCGUGAAGAAAACCAGUAGCCCUGGGCCACAGCCUCUUGUCCUGGUGACCGGAGCCAACAGGACCACCUACUAGCACAGGAAAAAGCAGACACCUCCAUUUUAAAAACAAUUAUAUUGCUCCAUUGUUUUUUAAAUGUACUUGGAUAGAAGAGCUGAGGGGAGGCAGGGUGGAAGAGAGCGCCUCGUGCUGACCAGCUGGUUCUGACCACAUUACCUCUGCCUUCUGGAGGAGGUUCCAGAGAUGCCUAUGGGGUGUUGGGUGGCCUGGUUCUUCGCUCCUUGUGUGUACUGGAGGGAGGGCCUGGCCUUGGGGCAGAGAAAGCAGGGGAGCGCAGGGCUCUUGGGGGGGUUGGAGCUGGGGCUUGAAUAGCCUCCUGUCUAGGGAGCCCCAGGAGGAGCCUACGUUUUGAAAUUCCCUUAGGUUAUGUGGAAAGGGCGCUGGAGUAAUGGCCAGCAGCAGCAGGGGAGCUGAGGGGGAGCAGCAGGCAUGCUGCUCUGCACGCUAGCUCUGCCCUGGGUUUUGCCGAUGGGCCUUGGCUUUCGAUGCUGCCUUUUCCUUCUCUUUGGGCACUAUGAAUAAUCAACCCAACUGUGGAAAUAAAAUGACCAACUGCAGCCCA